AUGAGAGAUUUGCAGUUAUUGUUGAUUUUCGAGUCGUUCCGAGAAUUCAAAAACGAUUUUCCAAUCAUUUUCUUUUCUUCCUUUUUUCCCCCCUAUAUUUCUUCUUUUUUGCUUUUCUUUGUGCUUUUAUUUUUCUCUUUUCACACACUCAUAUAUCUUUCUUUUUUAUUUCUCCCCUUUCUUCUUUCUCUCUCUCUCUCUCUCUCUCACACACACACACUCCCUUUCCCUAUUUCACUCAUCUUUAAUUCUCUCUAUUUCCGUUUCCUCCUCCUUUGCCUCCUUUUGUUCCGUUAUUAUCUUUCUAUGUUUUUCUUUCUUUUUAUUGUAUUCUCUUUUUUUUUUACUCUCUACUCUCUUUUUACUGUCUCUCUUUCCUUCCACCACUCUCUCAUUCUUUUUACUCGUUCCUUCCACAUCUUUUUUAUCCACUCUUUUUACAAUCCUCUUUUUUCGUUCUUUCUUUUCCAUUCUUUCUCUCACUUACUAUUUCCCGACUUUUCUGGUGACCUGUCGCAAAAGUCUUCAGCACGAAAACUUCAAAGAUCAAGACAUUGCCCAGAACAUCUGCCUUCAGGUCAACUGGAUAAAUAUCAUGGACAAAAUAAAUUUGACAGGUUGCCAAAUCAAAUCGACUUGUGCGCCAAUGACUGUGUUUUAUAG